ACUCAGACCCCUUGCAAAUCCGGUCUGGAGGUCGGGGAAUUUUGAUUUACAGUAGUAACACUUUCACGAAAAUGCCCCGGUAAAAGUAAUAAUAGUACGUUUCCAACAAAAUGUCGGCUGGCCUAGCACCCGCAACUUCUCAGGGUCGCUCCAGAAGGCUUGUUAGUCCGGUAACUUUUAAAAAGGAGCGAGAUAUUGCGGAAGUACAAGCGGCAAGCCAGAACAGUGUACAGCUAGGGAAUGGCUAUCGGCUGGCAAAUAGCUCCGAAGAUUUUACAAAUUCCACCGCUUCUACGAUUUCUAUGCCUCGAGUUGACUCAUGUAUACUCGGGAAGGAAACUCUGGAGCAGAGGGAAAGGUUUACCCUGUACAAGAUCGAGGUAAACAAUGGUUCGAAAACUUGGAUAAUUUACAGACGAUAUGGGGAUUUUGUGCUUCUGAAUAAGAAGUUACGUAAGCUUUAUCCCCAAUUUCGAUUGCAUUUGCCAGGAAAACGCUUUUUCAAAGAUAACUUUAACAAAGACUUCAUCGAUAAACGUCAGAGAGGUCUUGAAGUAUUUACAAACAAUUUGUUUUGCCAUCGUAGCCUUGUCCUCAGUGAUCCAGUUCAGAAGUUCUACAGAUUGAACAACCCCCCUCAACCUAGUGAAAGCUUGGAAGCCUGCCAGAGUUAUUGUCAGUCCCUUGAACGGUCCCUGGCAGAUUUGCGUCAGCAGUUUCGUGACCAGACUGCUGAAUUCAACGCUGUCAAGAUAGAAUUGGCCCGACUCAAGUACUAUAGAGAUGAGAAUCAGCACCUAGCCCACCACCUUCAGAAACAACAGACUGAUGUUGAAGAGGUCACUAAGAGUCUGAGAGAUCACCUUACAGUUGCAUUGGAGGAUGGGAAACAAGCUAACGAAGAGUUGGAAAAGUUGAAAGAAGAAAUAAGAGCCGAAAGGGCAUCUGUACAGGCUGCGAGGGUAAUUGAGAAACAAAAGAGGGAAGUCGGAAUCAACAGGCAAGUGGACAUGUUUAAUCAGUCCCAGGAAGCAGUGAACCAAAGAGUUGAUUCUCUCAUCACAACUAUGGGACAGCAUUCUAAAGUUGAAGUAGUGAUUGAUGGUGUAAAACAUGAGAUGAACUCUAAGGAUGGCAUAUCAAACAAAGCAGUUCAGCUGAGAAAGGCUCUUGAUGAAACCAGAAGUCAACUUGAAAAAAUCCACAGAAAUACGCUGGAAAUGUAUAAGCAGGAAGUUGAAGAUCUCAAGGCUGAGUUUACUAGAGCAGACUUCUUAGCCAAGACGAGAACUCAGGAGGCAGAGUCAUUAAAAACACAAAUGUCUGAUCUUCAGAAAAGAUAUCAAGAUGGCAUUAAGGUAAAUAUAAAUAUACAAUAUUCUUUUGAGCUAGGCCAAUGUUAACUGAAAGCCUCUGUAGUAUGAAUUUUGAAUGCUU